GAAAACUAAUGUUUAUUCUUCCCCAUACCAUAUGACAUUUAUGUAUUUUACACGUAAUUUAAAACGUGUGUAAUUAGAUUUAUAAAACUCUGUUAUUCGCCGUGCAAAUUGAAUAUUUUAUACUUAUAGGAAUAAAUUGUAUAUUAGAAUUUUACGUUAAAUCUUGAAAUUACAUUCAAUUUAUAAAUAUAAUGAAAGUGAAAGUUGGUGUUAUAAACCACAACUGGAUCAACUAAAAAAUGGAUCUUGCUGCCACGUUACUUUUGGAAUUAACUAUAUUAGUUUCAAGUUUUAUCGGAUUAACUGUGCCUCAAGACAUAUCGAGAACUAUACCAUGGUAUGAAAAUUUACCUGCUGUUGCAAUGGACUAUAAAGUUUAUAUAAAUCCUGGAAAAGAAGACUGCUAUUUUCAAUAUGUUAAUCCAGGGGCAACAUUUUAUGUCAGUUUCCAAGUAGUUAGAGGCGGUGAUGGAAUGGUUGGAUUUGCAGUUAGACACCCAAGUGGACAAAUUGUUCACCCUUACCAAUGGCAAGCAAAUAGUGAUUAUCAAGAUCAACACUCUGUAGGUGGAUAUUACUCAGUAUGUAUUGAUAAUCAGUUCUCAAGAUUUGCUGGUAAACUUGUCAAUAUCUACAUGAGUGUAGUUCGUUAUGAUUUGUGGGAAUCAUACACAAAAGAAAUUGAAUCCCUUAAUAUGAACAUGGAAAAUUUUACUUCCUCUAUUAUUCAAAUUGAGAUGAAUAUAAAUAACAUGCGUCAAUAUCAACAUCAUUCAAGAGCAAGAGAGUCAUGGGAUUAUAACUUGCUCAAAGAUAACAAUACUUAUGUUGUCAGAUGGUCAAUUAUACAAAUACUUGUUGUUUUAGUUACAACAUGUGUUCAGGUUUAUUUUGUACGUAAAUUAUUUGAUAUUAAGACUGGGGGAAAUAGAUCAAGAAUUUAAAAUCGCUUAUUCAUUUCCAAGGACAAUAUUUUUGGUGGCAUAACACAAAUUUUUUUUUAAAUCUUUAUUUCGGACCCCUAAUAGUACAAUGCUACUGGCACCAGUGCCUAAAAUUUAACAAAACAACUAAAAUAUUUUAAAUAUAAUAAAUAAAAAUCAAAUUGAAAAAUUUCUUAUAAUUUUGUAAAUAAAUAUUCAGUCUAUUUUUAGGAAACUUUUUAGGUCACAGCACAUUCUAUUCACAACAUCUUGUUCUGUUAUUGCCAGCAGUUUUAAAAUUGAAUUCUGUUAAAAGUAUAAAGUAUAUAUAUAUAUAUAUAUAUAUAUAUAUAUAUAUAUAUAUAUAUAUAUAUAUAGGGGCUUCUUCAAUUUUUUUGUUUUCAGCCAAUAUUUAAUCAUUUCUUUAAUCUAACUCAUACUUCUACUAGAAUCUGAAACUAUUAGCUUGUAUUAUUGCUACUGGCAUUUUUUUAAUGAAAUGAUCUAUAACUAGUCUUUUAUCUAUAGCAAAAUUCAGUAUAUAUGCCAGUAUUAUUGGUAUAUGUAUAACCAUUACAGGAAGAAGUGAUUAUACAUCUGAUUGUGAUAUUCUAUUUUUCUAAAUUUUAAUUACAUUAUUUACAGUGUGGUCCAAAAUUAUGUAUGUAUAUUAAUUCAUAGAACUAAGUACUUCCAAUAAUGAGGGUACAUUCUUUUUAUACACUUUUUCUUUAAACUUAAUAAUAGUAGAAAUGCAUUUUUUUUUUCGAAGGGGGGGUGGAUUGAGAAUAAUAUUUCUUCAAAUAGUUAGAAUUAUAAGAUUCAUGUUUUGGGAGUGAUUAUCUAUAUUACACAUUAAUAUUACUCCCAAAAUUAGAUAAUAAAUGUAAUAUAUAUAUAUAUAUAUAUAUAUAUAUAUAUAUAUAUAUUUAAGAAAGAUUUUUUACAAUGUUUUAUACAUUUUUUAUAUAAAUUAGUAUGAAUAUGUGCAAAUUUUAUGUACCUAGUUUUAAAAUGUUUUAUAAAAAUUUUAAGACUACAUAUUUGAAGGCAUAUAUGUAGGUGCCUAUGUCAUCCAAUGGUGGGCAAUAACUCAAUAAAAUUGGUGUUUCAAAUAUGAUUAAAUCCUCAUUCCUGAAGAUAAUCCCAUUAGAUAAUUGUUACACAAGUUAAAUCAGGUUUACAUAUACAAGAUGGUCCAGAGUUAUAUCCAUCAAUUUCUAUAGCUCGAAAAUAAGAGUAAUUAAUAAAGAAGGUACAACUUUUGUUAACUUAAUUCUUUCCCUCAAAAGGUUAUGGCUGUAGGUUGAUAUUUGGAGAAUUAUUAUAAAAUAUGGGGAUAAUUGAUUUAAUGUCCUAUAUAAACACGGGUAUUUUCGAAGGGUAUUAAAAUGCGGUUGGGUAGAAGGUGACACGAAAUUAAUUAUUAUAUCUGAUAAUCGCUUCCAAAGUAUGAACUUUUGAAGAAGAGGGAUUCAAAGGGAUGUAUUUCAGUUUUAAAUAAGUUAACAUAAAGCUGUACUUUUAUUUUGGACGUAAACUAACAGAUCUAGAAAUUAUUGUACAUUUCUGGACCACCUUGUAUAUAUCAACGGCUUAUGCUUUUUUGUUUCUUUUAUGUAAAAUUUUAAUGGAUUCUUCUAUGUACAAUUUUAGAAUCUAUAAUCUGGCUGCUAUUGUUGCUUUAAAAAAUAUUCACUAUGCCAGAAGAAAUUUUUAUUUCAAGUUGAGUACAACAAAAAUUUACUGUGUCAAUUGUACCACAGUAUUCUGACAUAAUUAACGCACUUAUGGUCAAAUUAUUGACUACUCAAACAUACAUUGUAAAUCCUACAUAGAUCAAAUUAUUGCUGACCUAUAUAUGAGCAUAUAACAUUUUCAUAAAUUUAUUGUUAAGUAUUAAAAUAUGUCUAAAUUAUUUGAUGUGAUUUUAUUGAAAUCUCAUAUAAAAAGCAUUUAUAUUCAGUAGAUGGUUUAUUUUUUAUAAAAAAUUAUAUACUUUUAUUUUUUUAACUGUCUUCACGAACCUAUUGUUCAAAAAUUGUAAUAAAUAUUUUAUUAAUAUAAUUUUGUUAUUAAAAA